CCCAGCCCGCGGUCACCGGUCACCGGAGCCGGUGGGCCGGGCGGCGGACGGAGGGGCAGACGGCGGGGCGGCGCCGCGUCUGUCGCCAUGACAGAUCAGACCUACUCUGACCGUCUAGUGCAGGACACACCCUUCCUGACAGGCCAUGGGCGCCUGAGCGAGCAGCAGGUGGACAGGAUCAUUCUCCAGCUGAACCGCUACUACCCACAGAUCCUCACCAACAAGGAGGCGGAAAAGUUCCGGAACCCCAAGGUAUCCCUGCGCAUGCGUCUGUGUGACCUCCUGAGCCACUUGCAGCGGAGCAGCGAGCGUGACUGCCGGGAGUUCUACCGAGCGCUGUACAUCCAUGCCCAGCCCCUGCACAGCAGUCUGCCCAGCCGCCACGCCCUGCAGAACUCAGAUUGCACAGAGCUAGACAGGAGCGGCGAGCUGAGUGACAGGGGACCCAUGAGCUUCCUUGCCGGCCUGGGCCUGGCUGCAGGACUGGCCCUCCUCCUCUACUGCUGCCCUCCAGACCCUAAGGGGCUGCCAGGGGCCCGGCGUGUCCUUGGCUUCUCGCCCAUCAUCGUUGACAGGCAUGUCAGCCGUUAUCUGCUGGCCUUCCUGGCAGAUGACCUUGGGGGGCUCUGACGGACCCCAGACCCCAGGCCUCGCCCGCCGCUCAACCAAAGAGCCCAGCCCACCAGCCAAGGGGGCCCGCACUUCUUUUUCUAUAUGCUUUUUUUUUAUUAUUUAUAAUUUGUAUAAGAAGCACAUCACCUUUGCCUUACAAGGUGCUUAAUUAUAUUAAAUGUUCAAGUCUUCUCAA